GGUGCGCAUGCGCAGUCCGCGCCGGCCUGGCUCUGGUCCCGGUCCGCGGUGGUCGCCGCCCUAACGUGUGUGACCAAAACGUCCCCGCCUUCCCGGAACGAGGGGUCACGGGUGGGCCAAAGACCCAGGAGAAUCUGACCCGAACCCACCAGGCUCGGGGGGUGGAGUCGCCGAAGGCGUUCCGAGCUCGUCGCGGGGUGUAUGGGCGCCGGUGAGGGGCUGCGCACGCGCGUGGCCGGUUCUGAGUGUGGCCGUGACUCCGGCGGUGUGUGCGUGGGGCCCCGCGCGGACCCCGGCGGCGUGCGCCCUUCUCGGGCGUGUGUCUGUGCACUGGGACAGCUCUGCCCAUGUGUGACUUUGGGCAGGUGUGGAACUUGCCUUCCUGGGUGGGAGGUGUGCGAUUGCACGUGUGUGUCCGGGUGUGCAGCGCAUAGAAUGUUCCGGUGGGUGUGUCUGCCAGCGUGGAGCUGGGCGGCCUGGGUGUUACUCUGCAUGUGGGGCUCUGCAGUCUUCACAGCAUGUGUUUCUGUGCACGGGGAGGCCCUGCACGGGUGUGACUUAGGGCGCUUGUGAAGCUCUGCCCACCAGGUACACUGCGUGUGUCCUGGUGGCCAGUGCGUGGCCUGCCUGUGGAGCAAGGCGGCGUGUGUGAUCUGUGUGACUCUGUGUGCGUGUUAUGUGAUAUGUAUCUGCACCUGAAAGUGUCUGUGACUCCCCUUUGGCUGCCUGUUUGUGUAAUAAUCCCGGGUUAACACCCCAGCCCACUUAUCCUUCCCCCACGCCGAGGAAACAGCCUGCAGAGGGGAAGCCACCCUGCUGCGUUGGCCCCAGCAUCUCCCUACACAGGCCUGUUUCUUUUUCCCACCGAUGCCUCUGGACCAUCUGAGGUGUGAUGGCCAGAGCAGAAGCUCCAACCUGAGUGGCAUGGACCAGACCUGAUGCUCCCAAGACCACAAGAUCGCACGCUGCAGAUGUGAAAUCGAGGCAGCCCCUGGAGGAGCAGGAAUGGAAGCACCCUUGGGGGUCUCCGCCCCCCAGGGUCCCGAGCUGGAAGAGACCUGGAAACACAGGGGUCAGUCCAGGGACCCGCAGGAAAACCAGGAAAGCUGUUUGAAGCAAGAGGCUGUGGCCCCUGAAUCAGACCCAGUCAGGGACAGCGUGGAGCAUGGCGAACUCCGAGGAGCCCCAGGAUGCCAGUCGCGGCCUGCGGCUCCCCCCACGCAGGGCAGGCCCCAGAGGCGCAGUGUGCCCACCAAGCGCCCUGCAUCAAAGUGUGCGGACGCCCCCGGGGAGGAGCCGAGUGGCGGCCCCAGGAAGCCAUGGAGGUGUGAGGCCUGCGGCAAGGCCUUCAGCUACUGCUCCGCAUUCAUCCUGCACCAGAGGACGCACACCGGGGAGAAGCCGUUUGCCUGCGCCGACUGCGGCAGGGCCUUCAGCCAGAGCGUGCACCUGACGCUGCACCGGCGCACGCACACCGGCGAGCGGCCCUACGCCUGCCCCGAGUGCGGCAAGGCCUUCAGCCAGGGCUCCUACCUGGCGUCGCACUGGCGCACGCACACGGGCGAGCGGCCGCACCGCUGCGCUGACUGCGGCAAGGCCUUCGCGCGCCCCACACACCUGGCGCAGCACCGGCGCGUGCACACAGGCGAGCGGCCCUUCGCGUGCAGCCAGUGCGCCAAGGCCUUCCGCAACCGCUCAUCCUUGCUGGAGCACCAGCGCAUCCACACGGGCGAGAAGCCGUUCGCGUGCACGCGGUGCGACAAGGCCUUCCGCUUUUCGUCGGCGCUCAUCCGCCACCAGCGCACGCACACGGCCGAGCGGCCCUACACGUGCGGCCAGUGCGCCAAGGCCUUCACGCAGAUCGCGCACCUCGCGCAGCACCUGCGCGUGCACACGGGCGAGAAGCCCUACACGUGCCCCGAGUGCGGCGCACCCUUCAGCCAGAGCGCCUCGCUGGCCGAGCACCGGCGCAUCCACACGGGCGAGAAGCCGUACACGUGCGCGCAGUGCGGCAAGGCCUUCACGCAGGUCUCGCACCUGAGUCAGCACCAGCGCGUGCACACGGGCGAGCGGCCCUAUGCGUGCCAGGACUGCGGCCGCGCCUUCAGCAACCGCUCCCACCUGGUGCAGCACCACCUGGUGCACACGGGCGCCAAGCCCUACAAGUGCCUGGAGUGCGGGGCCGCCUUCAGCCACGUGUCCUCGCUCAUCGAGCACCAGAAGAUCCACACGGGCGAGAAGCCCUACCGCUGCGCCGAGUGCGGCAAGGCCUUCAGCCAGGGCUCGUCCCUCACGCUGCACCGGCGCACGCACACGGGCGAGCGGCCCUAUGCCUGCCCCGAGUGCGGCAAGGCCUUCAGCAACCGCUCCUACCUGAUCCAGCACCACAUCGUGCACACG